CGCCCUGUUCGCAAGCCAGCGGUUUCACGACUCGGCUUGCCAAUGCGCUGAAACGUUGGCAUCCUCGGCUUCCUUUUUGGCUGCCGCGCACGCCAUGAGCCUCUUUAUUCUCGCAUAACCGCUGCUGUCGUACCGUAACUAGACCUGCUACCGUCUUCCCGCGGGAGGACCGUUGAUCAGAUUCAUGAUGUCGUCGGCUUCUACAGCUACUCCGGCUAAGCAUGCCUUUGAGAGGCGUGUUGAGGGGGUCAAGUCUCCCAAAAACGAUAUUAAUGCCUUGAUUUUGGACUAUUUGACCAUGGAGGGCUACCCGAAUGCGGCCGCAAGAUUCUCGAAAGAGGCAAAAUUGCAGCCACAGCAGGAUACCUCGGCUAUCCGAGCACGGCAGCAGAUCCAGAACUGCAUUCAUAGUGGAAACAUUCAGACUGCUAUCGAGACUUUAAAUGAGCUUGAUCCUGAGAUCUUGGAUAAAGACAAAGCUUUGCGCUUUUCUCUACUGCGUCUCCAGCUUGUCGAGUUAAUCCGAGUUUGCAAUGCAUCAGGAGGAGAUAUUGGCCCUGCUCUGAAGUUUGCUACAGAACAACUCGGCCCGCCGGCCUCCACUAACCCUGCCUUUUUAGAGGAUCUUGAAACAACAAUGGCGCUGCUGUUGUUUAAUUCAGAUUCCUUAGAGCCGCAACUCGCUGCUCUUCUCGAUCCUAGCCUGCGUCGUGAUGCCGCAGAUAGAGUGAAUAGGGCCAUCUUGGAAAGGCAAUCAACUAGACGCGAAGCUGCUAUCCGCCAGCUUGUAAAAAUGCGAGCCUGGGCAGAGGGUGCGGCGAGAGAGAAGGGGGGCGGCCUUCCAGAGCGUCUUGAUCUCGGAUUGGGAGGUGACGAGUCGCAAAGCCAAACAUGGCGAGGAUCUGGUUCUGAAAAUGGACAUGAAUCCAUGAUGACGACUUGAACAAUUCCAUCACAUUCAUAAAUAUGGCGAUUCCUUUUAUACUGCGGAUUAUAAUACCAUAAUGAUGAUUAAUACAAAUGAUAUGAUUUUCUCUCUCUCGAAUAACUUGAGAUAGGGUAAAGCAGUCCUAGAAUGUG